UAUCUGACAAUCGCAUACAAAUACCCACGAGGAACAGAUUAAUUUCUAACCAACGCAAACUGAUACCCUCCACACAAAUUAAUAUAUGUUCAUCGCAGACUAAUACCAACUACACAUAUUCGAACCACCUAAACUAAUAUCCAUUCAUUGCAAACAAAUAUUAUGGUUUCAUGGGCUGAAGGCCCAUGGGCCCUCGGCGGGCAGUCCUAACUAAGGUUGCAAACCUUAUGUGUUAGGAUUUGAUAGUGUGUUUAGUUUUUAUGGAACACACAAUAUCCAUUACUUUACAAACUAAUAUCCAUCGCAUGAAUAUCAUUAUAUCCUAUCAUCACAUACUAAUAUCAGUACAUUAAAAAACAAUCUAUCACUAACCAAUAUUCAUUACAUGCGGGAAAACAAAAAAAGAAGGGUAAAUACAAUUUAAUAUCCAAACCUUUCAUCUUAAACAAUAUAAUAGCCAAACUUUUUCGAAAACAAUCUAAUAUCCAAAUCAUCAACUUUCCGUCCGUUUGACCGUUAGUUGACACUUCAAAAAAACUUUGUUUAGGGGAAAUUGUCACAGUACAACUUUGUUUUCUUGUUUUGGCAUUGCAGAUGACUUAAUAUUUAGAUAUUCUAUACCAUCGUGGUGGAGUCAUGGACUUCUCGGGUUUGGAAUCACGAUAUGAUGGUGUUUUUUCAGAGAAGAUAUCGAUGGAUAUUGAUGAAGUGUCAACUAAUGGUCAAACGGACGGAAAGUUGACGAUUUGGAUAUUAAAUUUUUUUUCGAAAAUGUUUGGCUAUUAUAUUGUUUAAAAUGAAAGGUUUGGAUAUUAAAUUGUAUUUACCCAAAAAAGAAAUUAGAAAGAUAAAGAUGGGUUGGGAAUUUAAUGGGCCAUUACUUCUCUUUUUUUUCUUUUUCGAGCGAAAGGAAGGCUCAAGAUAGGGUGCACUCUUCCAUAAUUAAGGUUGAACAAAUCAAUCCGCAAACCGACCCACCCGUCCAACCCGAUUCAAUUCAGUUGUAUUUUAUUGUUAGGGUUAAUUGCAUGGCUGGUCACUGAGAUUACUAAAAUAGGUCAAGUUUGGUAACUCGAAAUAUUUAAAUCCAUUGGUCGUACUUCAAUUUACUGAAACCGUUCACGUUUGGUAACUAGAAAUAUUUGAAUUGUCACGUCAGACAUUUAACGGUCAACUUUUAAAGUUGACCACCACGUAAGUAAAAGUUAAUGGAGUUGGACGGAGAGUGAUCUAACGUGAACGAUUUCAAUAAACUAUAGUACUAACAAUGGAUUUAAAAAUUUCGAAUGAUCAAACUUGAAUUUUUUUUAGUAAUCUGAGUGACCAUCCAUGCAAUUAACCCUUUAUUGCUAAAACUAAAAUGUUUCUUGAUUUUCAUUAAAAAAAAAAAAAACAGAAAAUAAAAUGGAAAGUAAACAGGGCAUCAAGUUCUACACACAACUAACACAAGUCCAGAAAAUCUAAACCUCACAGCGCGCGAAAUGGGAAUAUCAUCGCCAACCCCUCUGCGAGUCAGCAUCAGUGCCAGAUUCGUAACAACAAUAUCUCGCUCGAUCUCGAAGGACCCGGAACCAUGGCUGUCCACCACCAUCACGGGGAAGCAUGGCAGUAAUCGUACUACUAGACUCUCCAUUAUCGCUCGCCUUGGCUCUUGUCCUCUUCCUAUUCCUAUUUCGCUUCACCCUCGUCGCCCUCUAUCUCAUCCUCCUCUUCGCACUCUGUUCCAACCUCGUUCACCUCGUUUUCGACCUCCUCUGUUCACCAUCGCCUCCAUGACUUCUUCCGCUUCCUCCGAUCCCAAGACAGUUAGGGUUGUGAUAAAGGGCAGGGUUCAGGGAGUGUUCUACAGGGACUGGACGGUGGGAAACGCGACGGAGUUGGGGCUUAAGGGCUGGGUGAGGAAUCGCAGAGACGGCGCCGUCGAGGCUCUCUUCUCCGGGGACCCGGCUAAGGUUGACGAGAUGUCGCAGAGGUGCCGCCGUGGCCCUCCAUCCGCUGUCGUCACUGGGCUUGAGGUUUUCCCCUGCGAUGACGAUCCUGGCUCCGGAUUUGAGCGCAAACCAACGGUGUGAUUUUCGGGGUUUGUACUUUUUUUUCUCUCCCUUUUUGUGGAUAUUAUAUAAAGGAGCUGGGAAGCCUACCUGUACCUGCUGCUUUAAUAUGUACGUUUGGCCUACGAAUGAAUAAUAAUGAGUGCCGAAAGUUGAGACCCGCAAUGUAAUUUUGAUCGAUUAUGAAGCUGUGGAACUCAAUGCAGUCUUUUGGCACUUGGUUUGGUUCUUGAGAAUCUAUAUCUGCUUAGUUUGUGCUGUUUUUAUUUGCUUUCAGAGUAGCUUCCUUCCAAGUUCAAAGGAGCGGUGAUAAUCAUUUGAUCUGCAGUGAGGCAGCGUUAGCACUUGUUGUUGCCUUUACGUUGAUAGCAUAAUACUGUUUGCCUCAAGUUUGCUUGUUGGGUAUAUACAAGUUUCUGAACAGAAACUAUACAAGGUGUAUAUUGCAGCCAUAUGCGAGCGAAAGGGCUCCAAAUACAACCUGGCUAGAGUAGCCACGCCAUUACUGAUAAUUCAGGAAGAGAGGAUUCUACUUUGGUGAAACGUCUCAACAUUUCACUCAAGCGGCAGGGCAGGAUCCAGCAAAGUGCACGAGGAAGAACUUUCUCGAAUGGAGCGCAUAGGUAUUUAAGUGUAAUCAAUAAUCAGUUGGACAUAAACUCCGUGACAGAAAAUGGGACAGUACAUUUUGUAAGGAGAUGACUGCAGGAGUGGCACGAAAUCCUUCCAAGAAAGCUGGGACGGAUUCCUCUUCUUCGAAGCACAAAGAGCAUCGAUUCGGAAAGGAAGGCUCCACCCUCUCCUUAGGUACCUCUUCGAAUCUUUUAUAUCCUACUAUAACUAGAGAAGAUCACGUCGAAAAUUCGCUUGACUGCUAAUUACUUACCGAGGUAAUUGCAUGUUAGAUUUAUGUCAGUAGGGUGGUAAACCAAGUAUUGGGCAGUGGACGACAAUAAACUGGUGUGUGCUUAGGUUAUAGAUAGCAGCCAGGACAUAGCUAACUAUGUUUUAUGUUAAUUGUUAGUUAGAAUGCAUGAAGGUUUUUCCCCCUCUCUGAUGAAAUGACAGCCGCCCUUUGUACCUCCUUACUGGCAUUGUGUGGUCUAAUAAUAUAUGUGCUUGGUAUGCCGUCAUUGUAGUUGUUAAAGGAGUUUCACAUUCAAACUAUCAUUAAGACUGGUAUAACUGUUUUCUGAUUUAGUCGUAGGAAGCACAGUGCUUUGUUAUGAUUGCCCAAGGGAGAACCAGUGGGCUUCAUAAUCUAUUAAUAAAUAUUUGGAAUGCUU